UCCAGUGCAGGAAAAAACAAUCAAACUGACUGUGUUGAACAGUCGGGGGAGACACACAACGGAGACGCGUCCGGAGAUCUCGCACACAUACACAGCUGCACACGUGAGAUGUGUGUCUCAAUCGGCAUCGGAUACAUGCACAACCCGACAGACACAUUUACAUCUGGAUCGCUCAUCAUUCGGGAGGCUGAUUUACUGUUUCCUACGGACAAACCAAAACAUGCCUCAUUCUUUGAAUACUUGAGGAGUGACGACAACUUUCUUCUCCUCGGACUUCACUAUACUAAUCGGCGAAUAUAGGAAACGUGGAGCUUUAAAAGAGGACAGUGACGGAUUUGACAAUGCAAACGGAUCAGUUUCCCGAUCAGGAUUUGCAAUUUUAAGCAGCAGCCAGUUUGGAGCCUCCGCAGCGGGGGGAAACCAAGAUGAUAUCCGCCGAGAUGCGUGGUUUCCUGAGGUUCCUAUCCGUGGAUGUUGCGGCUCGGUCGGGCUGCACACGGAGCCUUUGGGUGUCUGUGAUUGGACCGGACACAGACUGGGGCUGACUGAUUUUUGUCAGAGAGGAAAUGUUUUGUGGAGGGGAUCAAUAUGAGCUUCUGGCGCACGCGAGAAGGAGAGAUCUUUACGAGCACACUUAUUACUAUGAAGACGGAAGCAAACCUGCAGGACUUUUUCUCUUGGAUUUAAAUUCAAAACAGACCACAAACAGCUUAUUAUCGACAGACAUUUCUGUACAAUCAAUCUGAUGUUUUUUUUUGGCUUUGCAAACUGUUGGAAGAUUGUUGCAAGUGGAUGUGGUUCGUGUUUCUUUUUGCACUGAAGUUUUCUUCCUCUCCUUUUUGAAUAUUAUUCAUUGGACUACGAUAUUGCACCAUUUGAGUUUUAAAAUAUAUAUUCUUCAAACUCUUUUUCCUCCAACAAAUCCUGGUCUUUUACAACAAAAAAAACGACUAGAGUUAUGGGUAAUUUUAACAAUGCUUUUAUGAAGACGAAUACAUAAUAAAUAAUUUCCCUUAGUUUUAAAUGCAGUAAAAUGUAUUCACACAUGCCUGGCAACAUGGCAGUGAACUGGGUUGUAUAUUCAGUUGUUUUACUUCCACUGUUCGCAGUGGGGACAGCUCUCUCCGGGGUCUUCAACGCCACAGACAGAGACAUGUUUUCAGAUGACUUGCUGCAGUGGAAAUUUAAGUCGUCUGAUUCCCAUCCCAAUCUAUAUUUUAACCAAGUGGAUGUGUUGCACUUGAGGCAAAGGUCCUCCACCACCCACAGUCAAAUAUUUAAAGUCAUCCGAGCGGCUGCGCUCACAAUGUUGUCUAAUGUCCCCUAUUACAUGCCCCCUGUGAAACAUGCGGAGUUUACAAGCAAGUGGAAUGAGAUUUAUGGGAACAACCUGCCUCCCCUGGCUCUCUACUGCCUGCUGUGCCCGGAGGACUCUGCUGCCCUGCAGUUUCUUAUCAAGUUUAUGGACAGGAUGGCUGAAUACCCGGACUGGAAGGUAACCAGUGCCCCCAACGACGAGGUCCCCACUGCGCACUCUCUCACUGGGUUUGCUACUGCUUAUGACUUUGUUUACUCUUACCUGGAUGAGCGACGGAGGGAUGUUUACCUCAAGAAAAUUCGAUCAGAGACAGAGGAACUGCUUGAGGUGUCGAAGCACAGGGGGUGGGGGAAACAGUACCUCCAAAAUCAUCAAACCACUAACAUAUUGGCUGUCCUGAUUGGUGCAAUAGUGGUUGGAUCACAUGACUACCCAGAGUCAAUGAUCUGGAAACAAGUUGCAGUGAACUACAUGGAGAAAACUAUGUUUCUCCUUAACCAUGUUGUUGAUGGGUCUCUGGAUGAGGGAGUAGCCUAUGGGAGCUACACAGCCAAGUCCAUCACACAGUAUGUCUUCUUAGCUCAGAAACAUUUCGACAUUGACAACAUGCAGAACAACUGGCUGCGGGAACACUUUUGGUUUUAUUACGCUACUCUCUUGCCGGGGUUUCAGAGAACAGUUGGCAUCGCAGACUCCAACUACAACUGGUUUUAUGGGCCGGAGAGCCAGCUUGUUUUCCUCGACUCAUUUGUCAUGAGGAACGGGACGGGUAACUGGCUGGCUCAGCAGAUUAGAAAGCACCGACCCAAGGAUGGUCCCAUGGGGCAGUCGUCUGCCCAGCGCUGGGCUACACUUCACACAGAAUACAUCUGGUACAACUCCCACCUCACUCCACAGCCUCCACAUGACUUUGGAAAAGCUAAGAUGCAUAUUUUCUCAAACUGGGGCGUGGUUACCUACGGAGCAGGGCUACCAAAUGGCCAGGGUAACACUUUUGUCUCCUUUAAGUCUAGCAAGCUGGGUGGCCGUGCAGUCUAUGACAUUGUCCAUGACAAGCCUUACUCUUGGGUAGAGGGCUGGAACAGCUUUAACCCAGGUCACGAGCACCCUGAUCAGAACUCUUUCACUUUUGCUCCUAAUGGACAAGUAUUUGUUUCUGAAGCACUUUAUGGUCCAAAGUACAGCUACCUUAACAAUGUUUUGGUGUUUAGUCCGUCUCCUACCAGCCAAUGUAACAGUCCGUGGGAGGGUCAGUUGGGGGAGUGUGCCAAGUGGCUGCGCUGGACUGAUGAGGGGGUGGGUGAUGCCAGAGGAGAGGUGAUUGUCGCGUCCUCACACAGAGACACCAUGUUUGUAAGUGGGGAAGCGGCGUUGGCUUAUUCCCCUGCUAUGAGACUGAAGAGUGUGUACAGAGCUUUAGUUUUGCUAAACUCUCAAACUCUGCUGGUGCUUGAUCACGUAGAAAAGUGGAGUGAUUCACCUGUAAAGUCCCUCAGUGCUUUUUUCCACAAUCUUGACAUUGACUUUAAAUACGUUCCUUUCAAAUUCAUGGACAGAUAUAAUGGCGCCAUGAUGGAUGUGUGGGACGCUCAUUAUAAAAUGUUCUGGUUCGACAGCCAGGGUCACAGCCCUGAAACCAGGAUACAAGAGGCAGAGCAGGCAGCUGAGUUUAAAAAAAGGUGGACUCAGUAUGUCAAUGUCACUUUUCCAAUGACAGGCACUGUCAGCAGAGUAGCUUACGUGUUACACGGGCCAUAUGUCAAAGUGUCUAGCUGUAAAUUUGUGGAUAAUAGCAAGAAUGGCGUGAGACUUUCUUUAACCUUAAAUAACACAGAGACGAUAGUGUCCAUUGCUACAAACUACAAAGACAUAGGGGCUAGGAGAACUUAUCUAGGAUUUGGAGGUCACUGUAAAGUUGAGGAUAUAAAUCAAAUCACUCGAUAUGGCCUUGGGACUCAACUUAUCCCUAAACAAAUCAGCACUGAUAAUCAGCUAUUUGACUUUGGAUUCACAGUCAAUGUAAUAGCAGGGGUUGUUCUCUGUGUGGCCAUAGGAUUUUUGACUAUACAGAGAAAGUUUUAUGUCUGCUUCAGCAGGCUGAUGCGUUACACCCUCCUCUCUGUGCUCAUUCUGUGGAUAGCCGAGCUGCUGUUUGUGUCUAACAGCUGCGAUCAGCUUCUCUGUGGGGUUAAAUGGAAAGGUGCGGGCGCCAAAAGUGAAGUAAACAAACAAAUCGCACUGUACGAGCUGCACCGGCUCCCCCUACCCACCGUUGUCAUAACAACCCUUCCCGGAUCGGGGUCAGAAAUACUCAAGCACCUUUUCUACAACAGCUCAGACUUUGUUUACAUAAGAGUUCCCACCGAGCACCUGGAUAUCCCUGAGACAGAGUUUGAGUUUGACUCUUUAGUCGACGCCUGUGAGUGGUCAAGGUCAGACGCUACGCACGGACGGUUCAAGAUUAUUCAGGGCUGGCUGCAUUCGCUGGUCCACAACACUAAGCUGCACUUGCAGAAUAUUCAGCUGGCUGAGGGCAGUAGGGUCAAACAGCCCCAGAGAGGUGACCCCUCAAGGGACAGAAAGAAAAGAUUUAGGAGGAGAGAGCCAGCGUCUGAGCUAAAGGGCAAGCUGAGAGCAAGUCUGGACAGAGAUGCAGAGUAUGUUAGGGAGAUGAGACGCCAUGUUGCGGAGUACCCUAACGCCCGAGUUGUCCUCAACAUGCGGAGCGGAAGCUGGGCGCUUAAACUGCCUUUCAUUCAAGAGGUGGUGGGACCUUCCUUGAGGACAAUCUACUUGGUGAGAGACCCUCGAGCAUGGAUUUAUCUCAUGGUUUAUAACAGCAAACCCAGCCUUUACUCUCUUAAAAACAUCCCUCAGCACCUUUCCUUGAUAUUCAAGGAGGAUGCUGUGAGUGACAGGUGCCCAUCUUCUGCGCCAGAGUUUAAAAUAAUCCAGAGGCUCCUGUCCCGUUCUGAGACAAACCCCAUUUUGAUACUGGCUCAUCUGUGGCUGGCUCACACCGCAGCGCUGCUGAGAGUCAGCGAGAGCCUCCCCGAGGAGUCCUUCCUCCAAGUUAAGUUUGAGGACGUGGUCAACUUCCCGCAGGAGACGGCGGAGAGCAUACACACAUUUCUGGGGGUGCCUGUGUCCCCCGCAGCCCUCAACCAGCUUAUCUUCACCACCUCCACAAACCUUUACAAUCUCAUUUAUGAGGGGGACAUUUCACCAGCCAACAUAAACAUGUGGAGACAGAAUAUGCCUCGGAAGGACAUGAGACUCAUAGAAGAUGUGUGUGGGAGUGUGAUGAGGAGGCUGGGUUACACCAGGUUUGCAAAUUAACUUGCUGGUCAGCUGAUAUUGAGCUGUCUUGUUUACUGUAGCUGCUAUUGAGUUCUGUAAAAAACUUUUUUUUUGCACUGACUUUACAUUUCAAAAAGCUGUUACAAGUUGAGGAGAAACUGCGUAGCAUUUCUGUUUGUUUGGGUAUUGUUCAGACCAUGGCAACACAUUUUUGCGAGGGAGGAAUAUUUUACAUUAAAAUAAAUGGAAGGGAGCUUGUGUUUUUAUUUUACCCCUAGGAGCCCUUCACACUCAUGUUGCAGUCUUUUAUUGAGUGAAACUUAAGACCUUUGCUGUCUUACAUGCAGAGUUGGAUUUUAGCAUACCUUUUUAUUUGACAACAGCUCAGUUUCACAGUAAAUAUUAUGUAAUGUUGGUUUUAGUAAGAGAUGAGAUUCCCUAAUCUGUGAUGUCAGAGAUGUUUGCACAUAAUCCAUAUCUGUGAUUACAUUUUUUUUGAGCAUGGAUCAAAAGAUUUGAGCUGGUUUGGAACAAAUUCAUUAUGAAGCUCAUUAAGAAGUAAGAUUCAUAUGUAUGGACAGUCUUCUUAUUUGUGGCUUUGGGAGAUCAUUUCCAAAGAGUCAUUUGGCUGUCAGGAAUUUAAUAUCUGAUCUUUGUGUGCCGUUUCCCUUUAAAACUACGAAAUGUUGCAAUGUAUAAACUCUUUUACUAGGCAGAGAAAAAUACAGUAUUGCUUUAAUAUAGAUUUAUGAAUGACAUGGAUUGUAUUUUCAUCACUAGACGGAUUUUAGUUUAGCUCAAAGAUGUUAUGAUAGCUUUGUGGUUUAGCACUUGUGCAGGAACUCUUUUUAUUGUAUGUGGGAUACAGUGCAUUUCGGAUAUAUACAACGUCUGAAGAUAUGUGAACCUCAGAAGAUAUAAUAUGUAGAAGGAAGAAAGUUAGAAGUAUUUAUGGAUUCCAAAGACACAUAUCCCAAAGGAUCGGGUAUGAAUAAGAUUAUUAUAACUCCCUUUAGCAUUUAUUGAAUAAGAUCAGAGGAAAGUGCUUAAUAGGGAUCAAACUGGAGAAAAAAAAGAAAACCUGUCAGCCUUGACACAUUUCUAGUCAAAGCAAUUUCCAAAACACCCCCCUCAGCUACUCAUAAUAAUCUGCAAAAUGCCAUAACGGACGCUUGGCCUGUGUGCUAUUGUUGUGCUGUCUGUCUAAAAGGCCUGGAGGAAAUGCAAACAGUUUCCAUUUCCUGUCGUGGUCAAUCAGAUAUCCAUAAUCUUUCUAGGCCUUUGUCUUGAGAGAGUUCAGCGAGCAGUGAAUUGAGCAGGGACUAAACAUGGGAUGAAUAUUAAGUAACGCUACAGAAAAAAAAGUCAGAGACCAUUACUCUGUGAUGUUAUGCUCUUUGGCCUGGCCAAACAUUUUUUUUCUCAGUAACCUUCAAAGCUUCAACAUUUCUGUACUGUAAAUGGAUCACAUGUAACAUGCACAUGGCUCACAAUCAUACGCUUUCCCAUUGCUUUCUGAACACACAAAACCAUACUGUGCUCAUUUGGAAAAAUCCAUCUUUCCUCAACAGUCCUGUUUGUUUUUUUCUCUACGAACACUGAAACACUUGACUGCCUGUAAAAAAAAUCCCUUUGAUGUUUGUGGUCUUUGAAUGUGUAGACUUGGCAGACAUGCUUUCACUUUGGUGUUGCAAUCCUGUUACCAACUCUGUUUUGUAUUUGCUCGUGGGGAUAUGGUUCCUUGCUUAUGUGGCCUUGAAUUACAAUCAUUUUCUUUAUAACGUUUUUUCUGUGGGGCUCCGGAGCAAGAGGAGGAGAUGUAAUGAAGACAAUAAAUUCAUAAAUAUAUCAGCAACCA